CGGGCCAAUUGCCGGAGCUCUUGUUAGGCAGUCUCACAGCCGGUCGGGAGGGAGAAAGGUAGCAAGAUGGUGUUGGAAAGCACUAUGGUUUGUGUGGACAACAGCGAGUACAUGCGCAACGGCGACUUCCUACCCACUCGGCUGCAGGCCCAGCAGGACGCCGUCAAUAUUGUGUGUCACUCCAAGACGCGCAGCAACCCCGAGAACAACGUGGGCCUCAUCACGCUGGCCAAUGACUGUGAGGUGCUGACCACACUCACCCCUGACACCGGCCGCAUCCUCUCCAAGCUCCACACUGUCCAACCCAAGGGCAAGAUCACCUUCUGCACUGGCAUCCGCGUGGCCCACCUGGCUCUGAAGCACAGACAGGGCAAGAACCACAAGAUGCGCAUCAUUGCCUUUGUGGGGAGCCCCGUGGAGGACAACGAGAAGGACCUGGUGAAACUGGCUAAACGCCUUAAGAAAGAGAAAGUGAAUGUUGACAUCAUCAAUUUUGGGGAAGAGGAGGUGAACACAGAGAAGCUGACGGCCUUCGUGAACACGCUGAAUGGCAAAGAUGGCACCGGCUCUCACCUGGUCACGGUGCCGCCUGGCCCCAGCUUAGCUGACGCACUCAUCAGCUCCCCCAUUCUCGCUGGCGAAGGCGGGGCCAUGCUGGGCCUUGGUGCCAGUGACUUUGAAUUUGGAGUGGAUCCCAGUGCUGACCCUGAGCUGGCCCUGGCCCUUCGUGUCUCUAUGGAGGAGCAGCGGCAGCGGCAGGAGGAAGAGGCCCGGCGGGCAGCUGCAGCCUCUGCAGCUGAGGCCGGGAUUGCCAGCACCGGGACCGAAGGUGACAGAGACUCGGACGACGCCCUGCUAAAGAUGACCAUCAGCCAGCAGGAGUUCGGCCGCACUGGGCUGCCUGACCUGAGCAGCAUGACCGAGGAAGAGCAGAUCGCCUAUGCCAUGCAGAUGUCCCUGCAGGGAGCAGAGUUUGCCCAGGCAGAGUCGGCCGACAUGGACACCACCUCGGCCAUGGACACCUCUGAGCCAGCGAAGGAGGAGGACGAUUACGACGUGAUGCAGGACCCCGAGUUCCUUCAGAGUGUCCUGGAGAACCUUCCCGGCGUGGACCCUAACAACGAAGCCAUCCGAAACGCCAUGGGCUCCCUCGCCUCCCAGGCCACCAAGGAUGGCAAGAAGGACAAGAAGGAGGAGGAGAAGAAGAGGAAACGCUUGUUUUGGCUGAUGGUUUCAGGCUGUGGCUGGCUGGUUCCCCUGCUGUGGUCUGAGGUGAGGUGGAGACAUUGUGGCGGAAAGGUGUGUAGAGCAAGCUGCUCACCUCAUGGUGGCUGGGGAGCCGAGAAUGGGCCAGAGAAGAGGCUGGAUUAUGUAUAGGCUCUAGAGUCAAGACCCCAGGAUCCACCCCUAUGUCCAGGCCCCAGCUCGUUUCUGUCACUUCCCAACAAAGCCAUCAAGUUAGGAUCUCAUCAAGGAUUAAUCCACUUGAUUACUGAUCCCUAAUGAUCUGGCCAUUUCCCCCAAAGCCCAGGCGGUGGCGACCAAAGAAAACAACUUCUUGACUGUAAUCUGGACACAAAAAGCACUGACCAUGAGAAGAUAUUGUUAAAUUGAAUUUUAUUAAACUGGGUUAAGUCCCCAAUAUUAACUUUAUGUCACAUGAAUAUCAUCUCAAUAA